GCCUUUUCAAAAAUGAAAGAAAUGAUCUGAUUGGUUGCUAUGGGCAACUCAGCAACUUUUCUUCUGGACAGACUCCCUAGAUGUGGAUUGCACAGUCAGAGUCUAUGGGGAGUCUUGUAAAUGUUGUCUCUGUGUUGUGUAUUGUCCCUGUUAGCAUAAUACUCAGGUAGCAGGGCACUCGUGUCACUGACACCUCCACUGCCUGGGCAGCAGACACCCUCACAUUUACAUGUCUUCUGAGGAGGGGCAGUGUAUAAAAGCUCUGAUGCCCUCUCCUUGUCACAUCAACCACACAGAGCUGGGAGGACAUCUACAGAGAACACCAUGAUAGAGCUGGACAGCAAAAUGAGAGAUGGACAACACAUGGCAGGGUCCAGCCCUAUAAAUGGGAAGGUUAGGAGGAGGCGAACUGUCUACAGCCGAACACAUCUGGAUCUGUUGCUUAAAACAUUUGAAACAAACCCAUAUCCAGGCAUCUCAGUGAGGGAAAAACUGUCCCACAUCACAGGGGUACAUGAAUCCAGAAUCCAGGUUUGGUUCCAAAAUAGAAGAGCAAGAAAGAACAAGAAGAUUCCCCAAGACAUAGAGAAUCUUCCUCAGGAAGAGAAAUGGCUGCCGUUUCAUCCAGUAGCUUCUCGAGUUAACCAGUCAGCAUGGCCUGAGAAAGAGCUCUGUAGAAUAGGAUUCCAUGAAAAAGUCCAGCCUACCUACAAGCACUACGAUGCUCCAAUGUAUCCCCUGAGCCACUUACAUAUGAACACUUUUGUUGGCCCUCAGCAUCUUAACUAUGGCUUUCCUUGCCAGGCAACAAAUACAUUAUCAUCUGGUCCAAUGAGACCUAUUGACUGCACUGUGCAACCAUUUCAUCCAUACAUACAAGCCGUUUCCAGCAGUCACUUGCCUAAUGGAAUUGUCCCCAUGGAAAGAAACAUUUCUGAAUACCCUCCAUCCUUGGUCAAGACACCAGAGCCUGUUCACGGAGCUUCUCAAGAUUCCUCUUUACAAGACAUCCUGGAAGAAUUCCAGCCUUGCUGGACAGAAGUAGCCGGUCAUUUCAGUGAUGUUCCUGAUGACCUGUUGGGAUUAUUUUAAUAUUGCACUAAAACAGUCUUCUGUGCGUAAUGUUUGGCAGCUACAUAAUUAAGUCAAGUCAAGACAACCCCACUGUGCUGCAAUACAUAGGGGUCUAAAACUGUACCCCCAGCUAUGAGGCACCUACCAAUGUAAGACAUGACCGGUCUCAGUGGUAGAGAAACAUUUUAGCAAAUGUCAAGUAUGUUGCAGUAGCAGAUUUCUAAUUGUAUUAUUCUUCUAUUUCCUUUUCCCCCCACAAUAUUAUCUCUAUGGCUUUUCCUGACUAAGACACUUUUAGAUUUUAUUAUUAACAAUAAAGUUUGCACAUUAAGGCUAGG